AUGGUUAGGCAGUCGCCCCGUGAUCGUUCCCCUCGGCGCUCCGUAUCCGUGCGAUCAGAAUCAAGGUACAAAAGGGCCUCCCGAAGCCCCCGAUUGGAGAGCGACGCUGGCCGCCGAAAUGGACGUCAAUCAGUCAGCCGCUCCAGGUCUCGAUCACGAUCCGUCAGUCGGAGUCGCGGCCGGAGUCGAAGUUGGACUCGCAGCCCAACACCCAGGUCUUAUAGGGGUAGGAGCUAUAGUCGAAGUCAAAGUCCCCCUACAUAUAGCCAAAGAAGUUCCAAGAUUGUGGUUGAGAAAUUGACCAAGAAUGUUACUGAAUCGCACCUGUUUGAGAUAUUUGGGAGCUUUGGGGACAUACAGAGCCUUGAUCUUCCGCUAAAUACAACCUUUAUGACGAACAGAGGUACGGCAUAUAUACUCUAUCACGACCCUGCAGAUGCUGAAGCGGCAAUCGCGCACAUGCAUGAAGCCCAGCUUGAUGGGGCAGUAUUGAAUGUGUCUAUCGUACUCCCGAAAAGAGCGUUCUCCCGCUCGCCCCCACCAGUUUCGGAUACAAGAGGGAACUAUGGGCGCCAAAGGAAUCCCCGCGGACAUCCCGCGGACACUCGUUCGUCCCGCCAUUCGCCGUACUCACAACGAAGCCCGUCUCCUCCAAGGAGAUAUGGCCGUUCUCGGCCCAUGGAAAGGCAUGACGUAUAUCGGCCCCGAUCACUCUCGCGCUCCCGAUCUCGGUCGCUGUCUUCACGAUCUCCCUCAGCAACUCCGCCCAGGAGAAGGGGCCGCCCGCACGAUGAUAACGGCCGGCGGGGUAGGCGCCGUAGUCCUAGCUAUAGCAGCUACGAUUACAGCAGUCGCAGUAGAAGCCGAGGCUACAGCCGUGAUAGGGGCCGCAAUCAACGUGGCCCCCCAAGGAGGUAG